CAUUGCAAGCCUGGUCAUCGUGGAAGGGGGAUUCUCCCAUAUGCGGCCCCUUUUCAAGCUUUCUCAUUUUUCACUCAGAUGGGGCUUUUUGGGGGAGUUUGUCCUUGCCCUGCUGUGGGCUAAGGUCAGGGGAUGUCGUGAAUAUUUGUCAAGUGUGGGCAUGUGAAGCGCUUUGAAAUUGUUUGUGAUUAAGUGCUAUAGAAAUAAAUGUGACUUGUCGUGACAGGACUCUCCCCCUUUGUUCUGGAGUGCUCGGUGGAGGCAGUAAUGGUAAUUUCAGUCAGAUGCUGCCACUACUCCAAAAUGUCUAACUGCGCGUGAUUGGAUGCGGGUGCGACGUCACCCACCGCAGCAGCUCCUCACCACUUCCUGUCCCACUUCACGGCCCAAAAGACAUUGUUUGAGAGACUCCGAGGAGUUCAGGAUGGCGUUCUGGUGGACAUCGGUUCUUCUAGUGUUGUUGGUGCAACCUGCAGACGCCAUGUUGACGCUGUACGACCCCAGGCUGUGCUACAUCCUGGACGGCUUCCUUGGUCUGUACGGCCUGAUCAUCACGGCCAUGUUCAUCAAGGAGAAGCUCUUCAAAACAAAGGCGGCCGGCGCCGGCACGGGCGGAAGAGGCCAAAGGGACAACGGUGACUUGCAGCUGAAAGGAGACCCGGAGAGAGGACGUAACCGCUGGAAUAAUGAUAAUGCGAUAUACACGGACUUGAACAGAAGAACAGAAGAUGUGUACAAAAAACUUCCUGUAAAAAGAGAACGACCCAGAAAAAACGAUCAGGUUUACCAGGAUCUCAGCAGAGCAACCAGAGAGACCUACGAGGCCCUCCAGAUGCAGCCGUUGCCAGCCCGCUAGAAAGAUGGCGCGCUCGACCUUUCCCAUGUCGAAACAAUCAAGUUCUCCCGUUUUAUAUCAUUCGACGAUACAUCGGAUGGAUCGCAUCGUGAGCAUUGUAAACAUUGGCUUUAUUUCUGUUUAAUCUUCUUUUCCUCCAGCGUAUACAAAACAGAACAGUCAAAUUAAUGUAUAAAAUUAAAUGUCUUGCUUUCGGUCUGCAACAACAA